AUGAGAGCCGGAUCUCCGUUUGACUCGCAGGAACCCCUCCAAUUAAGCCCCAUCUCUCCCCUCAAGUCAGAACAACAACAACAACAACAACAACAACUCCUCCCAGCACCACCAUCUCCAUUCCACCAGGACACCGGCUCCAGCCGGUUGAAGCGGCGUGCAUCGCAAGGAUCCCUCCUAACCAAACCUUCUCCUGUCUCCCGUUUCCUGUCUCGCAGCAACGCCUCGCUGCACCUGCCCUCUUUUGAAGAGCUUGGCCUCUCCUCGAAAUCCCCGACCCGGGCUGAAUCCCAAGCCAAUCCUCCCGACUCUCGUCUCCGCGUCUCCACCUCCUCCACCGCAUCGGGCUCGCUGGCGGCUCGAGCGUCCCAGUCAACCUCCGGGGUGUGGGAAACACCCGCCAAAAGUGACUAUCUUUCCGCUCUUCCUCCGACGCCCCCGGAUGACAACGACCAUAUCGCGUGGAACCCUUCAUCCGGCAUGUUGCUGUUCGAAUCGCAUAUGAACCGGGAGCCUGGGCCAAUGGCCAUGGAUGAAGGUCCGAACAUCGAUAACUCACCCGGGCGGCCUUCCGACGGCCUCAGCAGCCCGUCCGAUCAACUUUCGAAUGGAUCGCCCUCGAGCUCUGGUGGGAGUCCCGGGUCUUCUGGUGAUAUGGAUUGUGAUCAUAACUCAUGGCUGGAGAAUAGUAUCGAAGCAUCAGUGUCGUCUCUUCUCUUCUCUAAUGGCCGGGGUGAGGCUGUGAAAAUUGUCUCGCAGAUGCUUCCAUACCCACGACCGGCGGACAAGUCUUCCCCGGUCUCAGCACACGACAGCGUGUACUGCGCCCUUGUCCAUGCGGUUCAAGAUCGUCUCCGUCAUGGACAGUCACCAUACAUCAAUAUCACACAUGCGGUUCCCGAGCAGUUCAGCCUCUCCAACCUACCCAGCUCUCCCCCACCCACCCCUCGUUCGCUAUUCGGCAGUGAGGACUAUUUCAACCCCUCUGUCUUUUCCAGUGCAGCCGUUGUCUCGGCCUAUCACGAUUUUCGCGGUCCCAUCCAGGCCAAAGUGGCGCACUCCCCGAUGCCCGUCGUACCACCGUGUACUGUCCACGUCUCGGUGCUGGAACGGUAUCUCCCCCCGUCAUCGGCACAAGAGUACAAAGACCUGUUUUGCCCCAAGCGACCGUCCUUCUUGGUGGACCGGCUACACGAGCUGUCCCCUGAUGGAGGGUCAUUAUUGUUCUCGCAGUAUUUGGGACCAAUCUUGGACCCGUUGCUUCGUCAGCUUGUGGUCGUGAAUGAGUUGUCUACCGACAUCGGUCGGUAUCUAGGCAAGCUUUCCUCGGUCUCCCAUAUGGAAGACUUUGACACGAUGCGGAACAAUCUCACCAACCUUUGUGGCGAGUUGAGCACGUCGUCUUCGCAGUUCAGCAUCGUCGAUGCCCGCAAAGGCAGCGCCCAUCUGGACCGUGACCUGUGGACCGAGUGGUAUAUUCACCAGGAGAAGUCUCGCAUGAAGGAGGUACUCAGCGUGUACUGGCAGAACGGCCGCCGCCUACCCGCGACCAAGGCUGUCUCGAACAUGUCGACGAAUUACAUCCUGGAGGACAAAGAAGUGACGUCGGCGAUGCUCCUGGGCGAAAUCCUGGAUGGGAUCCGAAGACGGCCGUAUGGCGAGGACUCGGAGCCUCGGGACGGUGUCGAGUUGGGAGUUUUUGUGAUCCGUCGGACUCACUAA